AUGCGGACCACUACAUCCGAUGCGACCCUUGCAUCUCAAGAAGAUUCUCCGUUGAAGGUAUCAACAUGGAGCGAGAUGACGCUGAAACAGGUGGACGGCCGCAUGGUCGAGUUAACGAUUGAGAGAUUCAAGGACCUCUUACCCGGGAAGGAUCUUAGCACCACCCAAUCGCGAAGGUUAAAAACGUUUAAGAAGGUCAAAGACCUCAAGACGAAUUCGGAACAUGCUCGAUAUGACCCCUUGUGCGAUAUAUUCAACGCCGUCGAAAUCCUGGUCAAGUCGGCCAAUCGCUGGAAAAUUGUUGCCGACCAUCCUGAAACAUGCGAUGUCGACCACAAACCUGAUCUUGCGCUGUACCCUGACGACCAACCUCACUCGAUUCGAGCAUAUAUGCAUGAAGUGAAUCACCAGAAUCCUAAUGUUGCCCGGUGUGCGUGGGGAUGGAUGUACAGCUAUGUCGAGGUCAAGAUCAACGAGGCUGACGCGGGCUUUCACUUCUCGCCAUCUAGCGCGGAAGAAGGCGAGAGCAAGCUACUCAGAGAGACCGAGGAGGGUAGGAACGCCAGAGCAUCCUUCAUCAAGUACGUCACGACAGCAAUGCUCCGGCAGCAUCGAACGCACUAUUAUUCGUUUUAUAUUGCCGGCCUCUGGGCCCGCGCCUUCCGCUGGGACAGGGUGGGAUGUAUCGUCUCUGAGCCCAUCGACCUCCGUACUCAAUCCUCAGUCUUCCUCGAUAUUCUCUACCGCCUUGCGAAGUCUAAUGCGUGGGGCCUUGAAGACACCGUGACGCUCGCCUCCGCCGACGAUAUCAAGCAGCUACAGGCCUUCGACUCACCUGAAGAGCAUUAUACAGUGCACCGUGACACGAUUUUGCGCUUCCAGAUCUCAUACCCUAUAUAUAAGGUCUCUUGUCCCGCACUUUCGAUAGAUGGUACCGAUACCAAAGGGGAGGAGAGAACGUACCUCAUUGGGCGCCAUUUAGCCGGCCACUAUUCGCCGGUUGGAAGAUGCACGCGAGGAUACGUCGCUUACGAUUUAGCCAACCGGUGCAUGGCUUUCCUAAAGGAUCAAUGGCGAUGCUUCUCACGACACACAGAGAUCGAGACGUACCAACGUCUUCACGCGCAUCACGUCGAAUACAUCGCCACUCCUGUGGCGGGCGGAGAUAUCGACCACCAUCGUACGGUCUCCCAGUGCUACCUACAGGACUUACCCGUCGAUAAGCGACCUGUGGAGCGCGUCCAUACGCGUCUUGUAACGAAGGAGGUUGGCGUACUCCUUGAGCAGUACGAGGAUUCCGUGGAGUUGCUUCGUAUUAUAACGCAUGUCAUCGCAGCCCAUGAACAAGCAUGGAAGAAGGCGGGAAUCCUCCACCGGGACGUAAGCCACACGAAUAUCCUGAUCGACCUCGCUACUGGGAAAGGCAUUCUGAACGACUGGGAUCUAGCUAAAUACGAACAGGACAUGCUGGAGGGUGUUCCUGCUUGCGAGCCGGCAGGCAUCUCCGUGAGUCUUGGAACUCUGCCUUUCAAGUCCGUCAUGUCACUGCGCUAUCCUCUCAAACCGCCGGAGGUGGCGGAUGAUAUCGAGUCUUUUAUCUAUGUCAUCGAUUAUAUGGCGAUGCGCUUCCAUUUGCACAACGCCUCACCGGAGUUCAAGCCAGGUAUGACUGAAGAAGAACGCAACAAGCUGAACCAGCACAAUAAGCCUCUCGCUUCUUUGGUUCAUCAUUUCUUCUUCGACGAGAAACCUAUCGGCAACGGUCUUUACCACGCUGGCGACUACAAGUACGAUGCCAUCAAGCUUGGCGAGCCGGCCGUGAAGCUACUCCCACUCGACGACACCGGACGGGCGUCUCUCAUUCAGGAAUGUCUCGACAAGGCCUAUGAGCUACUCAGCGAGCACUACCAGAAGAUCAACUUCUCGUACUACGAGCGUUUUAAACCGAAGCGCGGCCACUGUACACGUAUAGACGAAGGCGACCGGAACAGACCCAACACCGAGAAGCAGAAGGGGGACCCUGCCUUCAAGAAGCCCCGUCUCGGCCGCCGAUGGCGUGGCUCGAGAGCUCCGCAGGCAAGCUCCCCGCUCCGCCCCCGUGAAGGCCUCGAUCACGAGGCCCUAUACGACAUGCUCGCUUCCCUAUUCCUGAACGAGGACAACACCGAGCGGGACUUCGCGGGGUUGCAUUGGGACAAGACCUACGACCACUUCAUCAACCAAGGCGUCGUCACCUACGUCACGCGCAAGAACAGGUCCGGAUACCACACCUUCUCCAACGGGAAGGACAUCGCGAUUCCUAAGCUGGACACGAUUGAAGAGGCCCCGGAGCCCCAGGAAGACGUCCCUCCGCCUGCCGCUCGCGUUACGCGGAAGUCGACAAGAGCCCAAACGGCUUGGUCCAUAGCAGAAGCAGCCGCACGAGGUUCUCGCAAGAGAAAGCCUACUCGCAGGACGGCCCGCAAAGGUGUUCGGACUAAGCCUGCUGUGGCGUCGCCGCAGCCCGAAAAGGAGACGCAGAAGGCGACCGCCUCGCGGAAAGCUGAAGCGUCGCGCACACCGAAUAGCCCUCGAAUAGCCACCGCUGUGAAAGCGGAUGUGACCGGUGAGCGGCCUGCUACCCGUAGAGGUAAAGCUAAGGCUGCGGAGCAAGCUCCGACGAGGAGGCUGUUGCGCUCGGCUCAGAAGGCGGGUUGA